AUGCAAAUGGCAAAUAACAAAUCACGAUGUUCAACUUUUGGUGGCUUUUCUCACCUUUUAAUCAAAGAUAAUGAAAAAAAGAAAAUAUUGGAAGAUGAUCGGAUACAAACUAAUGUUCCCUUGUCAAGUAUAUCAACAACUACAACCAUAAUUGCUCUAGAAUCUGAAUCGAAUUCAUCAUCGUCAUCAUUAUUAUCUUCGUAUGGUAGCAGGGAAAAAUUUUUAAUGGCACCUCCUAAAUUAUAUUUUACUGGAACAGCUACCUCCACCCCACUAUCAUCAACAGACUCCUUGAACUCAUUAGGAUUUGAUCGAUUGGCGGCUCUAAAAGAAAUAAAACCAAAUCACCCCUAUCUAAACGAAAAUACAAAGAGCACAAUUCCUUCUCCAUUCUCCAUUUUAGAACAGCUCGAACAAUCUCGUCCUACAUACUCGAAUACAGUCGACUGCUACUUUGAAAUUCAAGAGAUGGAAGAAUGCUGCAACUUUCCUAAUGCAUCAUCUCAGCAUCGUCAGCGAAUAAUAGUCAGCAAAUGGUUAUUCUUUUUGGGCUUUUUAAUAUUUCCAUCCUGGUGGAUUGGUGCAUUUUAUUUGCCAUAUCCGAGAAGAAGAGCAACGCCAUUGGAUUUUAUCUGGAAAAGGCGAUGCGAGAAAAUUGGAAUUAUAUUUAUGAUUUUGGUUUUGUUGGCUGCUUUGACUUUUGCUAUUUUAAAUCCAGAUACUUUUGAAAAGAAAUAUGAAGAUUGA